CCCAGAGCAGACCAGCCAGCAGAGCAGUGCCGGUGCACCGGGCAGAAGCUGGGAGGAGAUGGGCUUGGCAAUGGAGCACGGGGGGUCCUAUUCACGGGCAGGGGGCAGCCCGAGGGGCUGCUGGUACUAUCUGCGCUAUUUUUUCCUCUUUGUCUCGCUCAUCCAAUUCCUCAUCAUCCUGGGCCUUGUCCUCUUUAUGGUCUACGGCAACGCGCACGUGAGUACCGAAUCCAAUCUGCAAGCCACCGAGCGCCGGGCUGACGGCCUCUACGGCCAGGUGGUGGGGCUCACAGCCUCCCAGGCCAACCUGUCCAAGGAGCUCAACCUCACCUCCCGUGCCAAGGAUGCCAUCAUGCAGAUGCUGCUAAACGCGCGCCGCGACCUGGACCGAAUCAACGCCAGCUUCCGCCAGUGUCAGGCCGACCGGGUGAUCUACAUGAACAACCAGCGAUACAUGGCUGCCAUCAUCUUGAGCGAGAAACAAUGCCAAGAACAACUCAAGGAAACUAACAAGAGCUGCGAUGCUUUGGCCCUCACACUGAACCAGAAAGCCAAGACACUGGAGGUGGAGCUGGCAAAGGAGAAGGUGGUAUGUACCAAAGACAAGGACAGUCUGGGGUUGGGCAAGCGAGUGAUGGAGGAACAGCUGGCCAAGUGCAGCAAAGCCCAGGAGCAGCAACAGCAGGAGAGACAGCUGGCUGAGGACCGUCUGCAGAAGGUGCAGGCCCUCUGCCUCCCGCUGGACAAGGACAAGUUUGAGAUGGAGCUGCGCAACCUCUGGAGGGACUCCAUCAUCCCGCGCUCCCUUGACAGCCUGGGCUACAAUAUGUUCCAUCCCAUUGGCUCAGAACUGGCCUCCAUCCGGAGAACCUGCGACCACAUGCCCACCCUCAUGAGCUCCAAGGUGGAGGAGCUGGCCCGGAGCUUGCGGGCUGGCAUCGAGCGUGUGACCCGUGAGAACUCGGACCUCCAGCGCCAGAAGCUGGAGGCCGAACAGGGUCUGCGCGCCAGUCAGGAGGCCAAGGAGAAGGUGGAGAAGGAGGCCCAGGCCCGGGAGGCCAAGCUCCAGGCUGAAUGUGCCCGGCAGACCCAGCUGGCCCUGGAGGAGAAAGCAGUGCUGCGGAAGGAGCGUGACAACCUGGCCAAGGAGCUGGAGGAGAAGAAGCGGGAGGCUGAGCAGCUCAAGAUGCAGCUGGCUGUCAGCAACUCGGCCCUGGACACCUGCAUCAAGGCGAAGUCGCAGCCAAUACCAGUGCCAAGACCUGCAGGCCCUGCCCCCAAUCCCCCGCCCAUUGACCCAGCUGGCCUAGAGGAAUUCAAGAGGAGGAUCCUAGAGUCCCAGCGACCCCCUGCCAGCAGUGUCUUAGCAUCAGCCAGUGGCUGAGGAGGCUCUAGGCCCCGAGGACCGAGGGGUGGCCCCGACUCACCGGUCUGGAGACUAGGUGCAGCGAGACGCCCACGGCGAGGGACACAGCCAGGGUGGAGUCAGAUGACGCACGCACACCAAAGUGGGCGCCCUUGGCCUGCGUCCUCUGCUCACCCUCCGCCACACCCCACCCACACCCCCUAACACUCUCUCUGCACCACACAAUCCCCCACCCCCUAGAUGCCGGGACGGCGUCACAGAUGCAGUGACAUCAAUCACACAGACGUGGUGGUGACGUCACACAGAGACAAGGCAAUGACAUCACAGAGAUACACGGCGACAUCACACACGCACUUUCUGCCCAGCCCUCGCCCAAAAUCACAUCCCUUCGUGCACGUGGGUCAAGGCACCCACAGCACCCCACUCAUCUGGAGCAUCUUAGCGCUCCAGGUCUGGGGGAGUGAGAACAGGAAGACAUUCACCUUUGUCCUCCCCUGAGAGUUUCCAGGCCCCCGAGAGAGGGAGCAUCUGGUCCAGGGGACCCCUCAGAACCUGCGAGGGUGCUGCCCCUUCACUCUCUCUCCCCUCCAUAUCCAGCCCUGCCUGUGGCCCAUAUAAAUGUUAGUGGCACUAAAUAAAUGUUAUCA